AGCUGUGGGACAGCCUUGAGGAAUUUUACAUCAAUACCAAGGUUGCACAUUUACAGACGUGACAGUCAUCAGUCCAUCAGGUGAAAGAGAGAGCGGCUGACAGCAAAUUUCCCCCAACUGCUUAUGGCCGACUGGAGUUUGCUCGGGAACUUUCUGGAAGAGGUGCAGGAGCACUCAACGUCAGUUGGCAAGGUGUGGCUUACCAUCCUCUUCAUCUUCCGAAUCCUAGUGUUGGGCACGGCAGCGGAGUCCUCCUGGGGCGACGAGCAAGAGGACUUUACAUGCGACACAGAGCAGCCAGGAUGUCAGAACGUCUGUUACGACCGUGCCUUUCCCAUUGCCCAUAUUCGCUACUGGGUGCUGCAGAUCGUCUUUGUCUCCACGCCGUCUCUCAUUUACAUGGGUCAUGCUAUGCACACUGUCCGCAGGGAAGAGAAGAGGAAGAAGAAGGAACGGAAGAGCCGGGAAGACGAAGGCGGAGGAGGAGGUGGUGGUUCAGAAAAGUACCCAGAAGAAGAAAGAGAUUGUGGAAAUGAUGAAGGUGGACAGGUAAGGGUGCGUCUGCGAGGGGCACUCUUACAGACCUAUGUGCUAAGCAUUGUCAUUCGCACCUUUAUGGAGGUUCUUUUUAUUGUAGUUCAGUAUGUCAUCUAUGGAAUCUUCCUUGAUGCACUGUACAUGUGCAAGGGCCAGCCAUGUCCGCACCCGGUCAACUGCUACAUCUCACGGCCCACCGAAAAGAACGUCUUCAUCGUCUUCAUGCUGGUGGUGUCAGCGGUCUCUUUGUUUUUAAGCAUUGUUGAGCUCUACCACUUAGCGUGGAAGCAGUGCAAAAGAUGGGCCAAAAAGUACUGGGCCAAAAGGUACCAAAGAUCCAGCACAACCGUGGCAAUUUAUUCUGUUUCUCCAGAACCUUCUACACCAAACCAAGCCCGUACCCCGCCUCCUGACUUCAAUGAGUGCCUGGCGAAAUCGUCGCCACCCCAACACACCUUACAUACACAUUCAAGCUGCACUCCAUUCAACAACACACUGGCACACCAGCAGAACUCUGCCAACAUGAUAACAGAGCACCACUGCGACGAUGACAAUCUUGGUCAAGAAGAUUAUCUUAAGAUGAGCUACUCACAGGAACCUACAGAUACGCAUAAUUUAUGUGCGCCACCUACGCUGCUUAGCAACGGAUUUCUGACUGACAAGAGAAGGUUUAGCAAGAGCAGCGGGAGCAGCAGUAGAAUAAGGCCAGAUGAUCUAUCGGUAUAGCCUUCAUAUGGUAUAGGACAAGUAGCCAUUA